AUGUUACUACCCAUAUCAACCUUGCCCUUCGGAGGGUCCCUAGCUUUCGCAGUGGCUUCAGGUAGACGUUACGCUCGUGAGCCCUGGAUAUGUUAUAAUUUGAUUUUCAUAAGCUUGAUCGGCUCUAUUGAUGGUGGUGGGGAAAUUAUCGCUCGAUUCGCAUUAUUUUCUUUGGAUUUUAUUUUGGCUGGCUCUUGGAUCGCUCUGCAUCCCAGCUUGCUUUCGCCUUGCUCUCUCUUUUUUGCAAUGAUGCCCCAUCUGUAG